AUGGAAUCGGCGGGACAGUGGCUAGAGAAGGCGUUGAAUGAUCUCUGUGCAAAAGUAGAGACGGGUUUGGAUUUGGAUAGAGAUCUCAUAUCAGGGCUCGUCUCCUACUGUGACCUUGCUUCUCCUAUUGACGCCAAAGAAUACCUCGACAAUAUAAUUGGCCAGGAAGCAGGCAAAAGUGUGAUUGAUGAAUAUUUGAAACGGAGAGGUCAUGUUGAUAUAGGCAACAGCUCUGCAGAUACUGCACCUCCCAAAUUGCAUGCCUAUGUCAAACCACCUACAAAUGACGGUUUAUUUGGUGGAACCAAAAAGCCAUUAAGGCCAGCAAAAGAAGUCACAGUUUCUUGCAAGCAAAUUCGUGUACCCGCAGAAAACACCGAAUCGAGGAACACUAAUAAGGGAAAUGAAGCUAGUUCUAGGAAGAAGAAAGGUGGAAAAGUUGUUUCACUCGCAGAGGCUGCAAAAGGGUCGAUUGUAUUCCAUCAGGGAAAACCGUGUUCAUGCCAGGCCCUUAGGCACAGACUUAUUAGUAAUUGUUUGUCUUGUGGGAAAAUAAUCUGUGAACAGGAAGGGGAGGGACCUUGCAGUUUCUGUGGCGCUCUUGUUCUGAGGGAAGGAAGCACAUAUGCUGGUCUAGAUGAAGGUGUAGUACCCUUGACAGAUGCUGAGGCUGCAGCUGAAGCUUAUACAAAGAGGCUUGUCGAAUAUGACCGGAACUCUGCAGCACGUACAACGGUCAUAGAUGACCAAAGUGAUUAUUAUGAGAUUGAUGGCAACAGCUGGUUGUCAAUGGAGGAAAAGGAACUGCUAAGGAAGAAAAAGGAAGAGAUUGAAGAGGCUGAGAGGGCCAAGCGGAAUAAAGUAAUCAUGACCUUCGACUUGGUUGGCCGGAAGGUGCUCAUGAAUGAAGAUGACGUUUCAGAACUACAACUGGAAAACAGAAUUCUGCGGCCACCUGACGAGAGAGAAGCAAACCGGAUCAAGCCAAACCCGACCCUGAAGGUGCAACCAAUCUUCAUCGAUCCCGGCCCUGGUAGGAGGCCGCCUGUUCGGGGGAGUAAUCGGAAUAAGGGCCUGCCGAAUGGCCUGUGCCUGGAAAUAAGUGGGAGGGUGCAGCAUGAUAACAAUGAAAUUAGCCUCACAUCUUGGGACGGGAACGCCAACGCCGGAAAUAGGAGCUUACAGAGGGAAGAUGACGCUGAUUGUUCUCUAGAUUACCAAUGAGAUACAUACACCUACAUUGUUGAUUUCUUUCUCUUCAUUUCUUGACAAUUAGCUUCAGUUGAUUAGCUGAAUGAAAUAUAUGUUUUUGGAGUGGGGAAGCUGAUGAGUAGUUCCCCAAGUGCCUGCUCCCCCAUCAACACGAUGUAACGAUUACAUGCGAGGCUUUGAUUUUGGGUCAAAUUGGGUGCACAGUGAGUCUGUUGGAUUAGUCUGAGAAAUAUAGACUGAUUAUAUUUUCUAAGGAUAA